CAUGUCAUAUAAAAAGGAACGUUCUGCGGAAAAAAUCAGUUGUCUUCCACAGUCUUGCCAGAAAGAUGACUCUCAAAGUUGCAGUUUUGUUGGUGAUUUUCAGUGGAUGCUAUUUCACUGAAAUGCAUUGUGCAUCGUACUCUAACGUGCUUGUUCAAAGAGGUGCUGACGUGGUACCAGUGGAGUAUGUUAAUUACGGCGUGCCAGUUUAUACAUCGCCACAAUUUGCUCAAAUAACAUCAGCAUCUGUUGAUGCGUUGUCAAACCUUAGUCCCUGCGUGUCGCCAUGUGUCAUUACAAACGGACCUGUCUCAGCACUGGCGCCAUUUGACUCCACACCUAAUGCACAAAUUGUUGCAUACAAGACGCCUGUCGCUAAUGUACCUGUUGUAUUGGCAAAUAAAGAUGACCCUAUUGGCUAUCAAUAUGCUUAUGCAGUGUACGAUAAGGGGACUGGAGAUAAUAAAGCGCAGAGUGAAGUAAGUGAUGGAAAUGUUGUGCAAGGGCAAUAUUCAUUUAUCCAGCCCGAUGGUUACAGGAGAGAAGUUGUUUACACUGCUGACGAUACAAAAGGCUUCAACGCCAUUGUAAGAAAUGUUUCACCCGUACCCGAAACAUCGAAAACAGAAGAAACCCAAGAUACCAACAAGGACGCUGAAGUAUCUUCAGAAACCAACGUAGAUACUUCAUGUAAUGACUCAAAAAAUGAGCAACUGAAAGAUGGUUCUUAUCUUGACAGUACUCAAUCAUCAGAAGACAACAAUAUUGAAACUGUAGAUAAUUCCAGUAGCGAGGAUACUACUACUACGACAGAAUCACCCAGUACAACGGAUUCUGAUACAAACUCACUUGUCUCAUAUAUUGAUGUCAUUAACUGUCUACAGUCUAAGCGACUCGUGAACAAAUUGAAUGCUAUAUCGCCUAUCACAUAUUUAAUAAUUCCAACCUUGAAUGGUAUACCAAAACCGUGCCAAUACAUCAGUCAAACGAAAAAUUAAACAAAAAGAAUUUUACUUACCACUUAAGUUUGAUAAAAUAUAUCUUUUUAAUAGUUUUAAUAUUUUUAUUGUCUAGUCUUUAAAUCUGUAUUAAUCAAAGGAUUGUAUCUUUUUAAAUUUAAAUUUUAUUAUUAAAGUUGUGUUUGAAGCUUC